AUGACUAAUCUGUACGGGUCCACAAUGUUCAUGACCCUCGAAGCGAACAAAGAGAACAUCCCGCCCGGCAUGGAAAUCAAGAAGGUGACAGCCGUUUAUGCCUCCUUUCCACCCUCUUCUUUUCUCUUUUCCAGGAGCCUUUCGUCUAUCCGGAGCCACGUGUGAUCCGUUCGAACGAUCAGGAGCAGGAGAGUCUGCUGCAGUCCCCAGUGCCAAGACCUUCUCCCGCCAUGUCGCAACUCUCCGACGCUUCCUUUCUGUCGCAAGGUUUUUAUUAUCAUUCUAACUCACAAACAUGGCUGUUUCGAGCGGUCAUUCCUGAUAACACUUGACCGUUGUCAGAGUCUCUCGCCCUUUCGAACUCUUUCCGAUUCGGUAAUACGAUCACUAGUUAUUAGCCGAGUCUGCCAACAGUUUUUGACAUUUUACAGCCAAAAUCGUAUAGUUGGUUUUCGGUGUGAACUGAUAAAAAGGGCAUUGAAGUGACCUGUAGAGAGAACAUUUUGCAGAAGGAGGAGCAGUCAACACAAGCGCCGACGAGGCGGACGAAGACGGCGAAUGCACGUCACGGAAGGAGAAGAGCCUCGGACUGCUUUGCCAGAGAUUUCUCAUCGCCAUCAAUGAGGAGACGGUUGACUCGCCAAGCAGAGAGGUUCAUCUCGAGACAGUGGCCAGGAAAAUGAGUAUGCGAUGGAACGGAAGCACAAAAGAUUAACAAAAAAACUGUUUCAGGCGUCGAGAAAAGAAGAAUCUACGACAUCGUCAAUGUUAUGGAAGCGCUGGACGCAAUGCAGAAGACGAACAAGUCGUACUACCAGUGGCAGGGACUUGAGUCGCUCCCGAAGCUGAUGUUUGACCUGCAGGUUCGUGAUUUGAAAUCACUCCGACUUUCAAUCAUCCGCAAUUUCAGAAUGGCGCAGUGGAAGAGGGUCUCCCGGAGCGGGUUCUCCGGGUCGAACAGGCCAUGUGCUCGUUCACAGAGCUCGCCUCGCCAUCUGCACGUGGAAGAGGAGGUUUCAAGGACAUCGUCGGUUCUCUUGUGUCCUGCACUUCAACCCCCACCACCCCGAGCACUUCUUUCGAUUCACUGAUCAUGAAGACGGAGCCGAACGGAAUGGAGAAGCGCUCGAGAGUGGACAGCAGAGACCGACAAGGAAGGAAUUCUCUGGCUCAGCUGUGUAGAAGAUUCCUGAUGGUCCUUCUCAGCAACCCAGUUAGUUGCAUUCUUUGCAAACACUUCAAAUGAAUCCAUUUUGCAGAAUAACAGAAAAGUCAGUUUGGACGUGGCGAGCACAGUUUUGAUCAAAGAUCCAGAGACCGAAGGAUUCGAGCCGCCAAGCAGAAGCCGUUGCAGAAGACUGUAUGACAUUGCCAAUGUUCUUGUGGCUCUCGGCCUCAUCAAAAAGGUUCAUUACCUUUUUGGAACAAAGAAGAUCCCGCUCUUCGUGUAUUGUGGGCCAGAACCAGAUGGUAAGCCAUAGCCCUUUCAAAUCUUUUUUAUUUUUUCGUUUUCAGUGAAUGGAACAUUUGACGUCUUCCAAUCAGUGGAACGUCUUCUGAGCAGUCCACAGAAUGCGCCCCAGACACCCGUGAUGAAGGCUCAAACUGACAGGAUCGUUCAGCAAAUUGCUGGAUUCGGGAAGAGAACUCUCUCCGAGCAGAACCUCGCCAGACCGUCCGGAAAUGUUCCGAAAAUGGCCAAGAUCAGAUCGGAGAAGUCGACCCCCCUUUCUCCAGCGACUGCUCCUCUGUUUAUGUUCGCGGAUUUGGCAGUAGCCGAGCAAUUGAAAUUGGACGCGUUGGCUCAUCUUUCCAGGUAUAUUUUGUGCUCACAUUGCGUAUUCCUAAAUAAACAUAAUUGCAGCCUUUUCGGAACACCAGCUGUCGCCCCUCAAUCCGCUCCCGAUACAAAACCCCUUUCGGUCCCUCCACUUCCCAUCGCCCCUCUCCAAUUGCUGAACCUACCGGAGCUCGCGAAGCCUCAUGCGCAGAAUCAGGGACCGCUCCCAUCCGUUUCCAACACCCCGAGGCCUCGCUUCUCUUUCCCGGACUACGCACCAGCUUCGUUCACGCCUUCAACGCUCCGUCCACUCGUCUCACAGAUGACUUUCCGUCGUGAAUCCCCGCAGAAAACGACAGUGAAACCGAAGCAUCUCAUGUCGAACAUCCUCGGCGAAUCGAAGAAGUACAGCAACAACGAGAACACGAACUCCUUCCAACACACCAAUUCGUCGCCAUUCCAGGUGGUGAAGAAGGGAGAGACGCGGCCCAAGUGAGUGCCGUCUUCUUAUUCUUAUUCUCGUCUUCUGUCCGAUGAUGUCACCUUACUGAUGUGUGCGUGCAUACGGCGCACAUUGCGCAACCCAGAAGCUUGCGCAAUCGAACAUUUUGUCGAGUGAGAGAGCGUUGCGAAGCCAGAGACGCACGUUCUUUUCACACCAAUCCUUCUGUCCGGUGCAUUGUGUAAUGAGAUGGGGUAUUCGCGGAUUCAGGUGACCAGAAGGAGCGGUAAUUACGGUCAGGUAUACUGUAGUAGCGGGGGAGUAAGAGAGGGAAAUAGGUUGAAAAUCGCAUGCGACGGGCGGAUGGAUUGGUGAGAAAAGUUUGACGAUGGUGUGGGCAGAUAGAGGGAGGGAGCGACGAUGGGGCGCCGAUUAGAUCUGCGCCCUCGCACGUUUUCGGAGUGACAGCCACCAUAAAUUUGGCGAAGCGGAGGGACGGAGAGAGAGAGAGAGAGAGAGAAGAAGUUACGGUAACUAUUUAACUACUUUUGGCAUGCACAUGACCUUCGUCCCGCUGUCGUCCGUCCGGCAUGGUCGGCGGAAUAACAAAAGAAGAAUGGGAAUGAUGGAACGAAUGAGUGGUUGCACAACGAGUGAAGAGCCGAGUUGCGCAACUUGCGCGCAGAAUGGCCGGAGAACGGCGGUCGCUUCAGAAGACACACGGGCCCAUUCUUUUAUGCGAUUUUAAUGUUUGUGGGAGAGAAAGAGAAGGCGAGGGACGGGCAAACACGUCAGGGACUCUCCGUUUUACAUAAAAGUACCUCUUUUAUCAUCUAAUGCUGUGGCAACAUGACCUACUUUUGAAUAUUUGUUUAAACAUUUCGAAACAAACUUGCCGCGCUGGAUGCACUCUUUUUGCGUCGCUAUCAGGAAACACGAUGACCAUUUCUGACCGUUUCUGUCUGUUUGCAUUCGCGUGCGCACGCAGAGGGUUACGGAAUGCACACAGGAACAGAAGGUCUUGCACAAUCAUGUAAACUUGACCCAUCGGAGGCAAACGGACCCUUCUAAUUAGAUCCAUUUUUCAGAAAAGUGUUCGGCGAGGUUCAAAACCUUCAGUAA